CUUCAUCAUUUCCAAGAAAAUAAUAUUUGCUUACUACUAUUAUUCCACAAAAACCGGCUCCUCCCACUUCUAUCCUAUUCUGACUUCUCCUCCCUAUUCAUCAGUUUUCAAAGAUUUCAUUUUUAUACCCACUCUAACCUCCUGCUUUUUUGAGCCGAGGGUCGUAGGAUCUGGUUAUACUUUACCCUCUCAGAUACCGUGUUGUGUGAUUGUUGUUGUUGUACACACUCUGUUCUUUUCAAUUUUCUCGGAGGAAAACAAGAAUGUCUGAUUCAGAGGUGUUUAUUGGUUCCAUUGAUCAAGGAACCACCAGUACUCGAUUCAUCAUCUACGAUCGUUUGGCUCAACCUGUUGGAUCUCACCAGGUUGAGUUCACUCAGUUUUACCCACAAGCAGGAUGGGUGGAACAUGACCCAAUGGAAAUUGUUGAGAGUGUGAGGAUUUGUAUGGCAAGGGCUCUUGAUAAGGCUACUGCUGAUGGACACAACGUGGAUAGUGGAUUGAAAGCUAUUGGUCUUACAAAUCAGAGAGAAACCACUGUUGUAUGGAGCAAAUCCACUGGCCUUCCUCUUUACAACGCCAUUGUUUGGAUGGAUGCCCGUACAAGUUCUAUUUGCAGAAAAUUGGAGAAAGAAUUGCCAGGCGGACGUACUCAUUUUGUUGAGAGUUGUGGUUUGCCUAUAAGCACUUAUUUCAGUGCAUUGAAGCUUCUGUGGCUGUUGGAUAAUGUGGAGGGGUUAAACGAAGCUGUUAAAAAAGGGGAUGCCGUGUUUGGAACUAUCGACACCUGGUUAAUUUGGAAUCUAACGGGUGGUGUGGAGAAUGGUUUACAUGUCACUGAUAUCUCCAAUGCUUCAAGAACUAUGCUGAUGAAUCUUAAGUCCCUUGACUGGGAUAAAUCCACACUACACACCUUAGGAAUUUCUGCAAAGAUGCUGCCAAAAAUUAUCAGCAAUUCUGAGAUUAUUGGAAACAUUGCUAAAGGAUGGCCAAUCACAGGGAUCCCGAUCUCGGGAUGUCUUGGUGAUCAGCAUGCAGCAAUGGUUGGUCAAUCUUGCCGAAAAGGUGAGGCUAAAAGCACGUAUGGAACAGGAGCUUUCAUACUUCUGAACACAGGUGAAGAGGUAAUUAAAUCAAACCACGGGCUGCUAAGCACAGUAGCCUAUAAGCUGGGGCCAAAAGCCCCUGUCAAUUAUGCUUUAGAAGGCUCCAUUGCUAUUGCUGGUGCUGCAGUUCAGUGGCUUAGAGACAGUCUUGGCAUUAUCAGCUCUGCCAGUGAAAUUGAGGAGUUGGCAUCAAAAGUUACCUCAACCGGAGGAGUGUAUUUCGUUCCAGCAUUUAAUGGAUUGUUUGCUCCAUGGUGGCGUGAUGAUGCUCGUGGGAUUUGUAUUGGUAUAACUAGAUUUACCAACAAGUCUCACAUUGCUCGGGCAGUACUUGAAAGCAUGUGUUUUCAGGUUAAAGAUGUGAUUGAUUCCAUGCACAAGGAUGCUGGAAAGAAAGGUGAAGCUAAGAGUGAGGAAUCAGAUUUCUUACUCCGUGUGGAUGGUGGUGCUACAGUGAACAACCUUUUGAUGCAAAUUCAGGCUGACUUGUUGGGUAGUUCGGUUGUAAGACCAGCUGAUAUAGAAACAACAGCUCUUGGGGCAGCCUAUGCUGCUGGAUUAGCUGUUGGAGUCUACACACAGGAUGAGAUAUUUGCUUCUGGGGAAAAGCUGAAGAGAGCAUCUAUAUUCAAACCCGUGUUAGAAGAAGAAUUGAGGAAACAGAAGGCGGAUUCUUGGUGCCGAGCUGUUUCAAGAUCGUUUGACUUGGCUGAUCUAUCUCUAUAAUUCACUCCAAUCAAACUCUUGAACAACCUUCAUAUCAUUUGAUGUUUUAGGUUCUUUUAUUUCUUUUUACAUACCAGUUAUGCUUGAUUUUAAUAAAUGCCCUUGGAGAUAACUGUGCUUCCCUUUACAUACAUAA